AUGAUCAGCAAAUGCUAUAUAAAUUGUGAGAUCAUUCUAGAUUUCAAUAGUCUUCUUUUUUCAAUACUAAAAAAGUAAAAUCCUGAUUUAAAUUUAAGUAAAUUUAUCGAAUUUAUGUAAUCAUAGGUUUGAAUGAUGUUUAGGAGAAUCCCCAAAAAUUUUUAGAAACUCAAGAUUUACUAAUUUAAAAUUUAUGCAUUAUAAAACCUUAAAUAGGAGCUAUAGAAACAUGUAAAAAUCAUAAAGAAUUGAUUUAGUAUAGUUUCUGGAAUCCUAAAAUAUUUAACCAAUAAUCUAUUCUCAAUAUUCUAAAUAACUGUAAAAUCACUUUCCUUACUUGAAAUGGGAAGAAUUUACAGAUGAAGAUAAAGGUGGAAUAUUUAUAGAUCCAAGAUUAGAUUAUUGUGAAUAGUUACUUAAAAAAGAUUUGAAAGUAGUUUUAUUCAAGAAUCAUAAACUUAAAGACAAGGAUUAUUGGAAUCAAUUAUUAUAAAAUAAGAAUAUUAUUUUUGUUGAAUCUUGGGAAACAUUUCCUUGGUAAGAUUUUAAAUUUCUGACAAAACCGAUUUUUUCAGCAGAAUAAUACAAAGUGAAUGAAUGUGAUAAUGCAGCAACUUAAUAUUGGAAUACAUUUGUAAAAUUGAAUCCAAUAGAAUUUACAAGUAAAAUAAUUCAUGGAAGAAAUAGAGGAGGAACAAUGCUUGGAAUACCUACAGGUAAUGAUUUAUAAUAUUUAAUAUAAGCUAAUUUAUAGAUAAAUGAAGAGAUUUAAAAUUUAACUAAAAGUUUAUUGCCAGGAGUAUAUGCAGGUAUAACUUAUCUUGAAAAUGUAAAAUAUGGUGGGGUUUUAUCAAUUGGAUAUAAUCCAUAUUUUUUAGAUACACCUCAAACAAUUGAAGUUCAUCUUUAUGGAGAGUUUUAAGAAGACUUUUAUGGUGCCAAUCUAAGAUUAAUAAUAACACAUUUUAUCAGAGCAGAAUCUGAUUUCAGAACUUUUGGUAUUCAAUAUAAAUUGAUUUAUAGAUCAUCUCAUUAAAGCAAUAAGUAAUGAUAAGAUUAUUGGGAGAAAACUAGUUUGUUGA